AUGCAAGCAGUCGACUCCCAGGUGACGCCCCAGCUGUCGCCUCCUCACAACGACUCUUACAGAGGUGUGACUUUGGAAGACGGCUCGGGAUCUCCUAUUGCCGCUCCACAAUCAACUCACACUUCUCCUUUCCACUAUGCACGACACCCUCAAUCCCAUUACAGAUCAGUCAGUGGAAAUAGUAUUACACAAGUACGAGGCACCUCGAGCUCGCCGAUUCGCAACUCACCUCAUCGUUCGUCACAGCUCCGUCAUUCGCUUGCUCCUAACUCUCUUUCCCCUUCAUACCAACAAUCACCAUACCACCACCAAAGACAGCCUUCUCCUCUCUCUUUAGGCGAAGGUGACUAUCAAACUACCACUAACGACAGUAGUAAUGGCACAAAUCAACAAGAUUAUGAACCCGAACAAGACUUUCAAUUCCAACCACAACAAACUCAACAUCCAAAUGGCCCCCCUCCACAACCUAACUUCCAACAGUCUGUGCCACAGUCGCUGUCACAUUCGCAAUCCAACCCCCAACUACAAUCUCACUCACAGUCUGUACAACAGGCAGCCUCUCAGUUGCAACCAUUGCCGUUACCAAGACCUCAUUCAGAUGCUAGAUUCGCCAGACCAAGAUCAUCCAAUUCUUCUUUAGACUCGGCAUACAGAUACUCGGAUCCCGAAAAUUUACCUAUGCCUAAUUAUGGACACUCUCGCCAGGUUUCUUCAGCAUCUUUGUCAGAACAAGCCAGUCAAUCCGCAUCAGCAUCAAUGUUUGAUUUGUCGCAAUCGUAUAUUUCAACACAAUUCGGCCCUAAAUCAGCCGCUCUAAUGCCUCGAAUCCAAACCAUAGAAAUGUAUAGAAAAAACGCCAAAAAAUCCAACGACCCAGUCAUCCAGUUUCAGUUUGCUCAGUAUAUGCUUCAGACUGCGCUUUUAUCGUCGACUCCUGGUAAAUCCAAUCGACAAAGCAUGUUUGCAACCGAUCUUGCCUCGUCAGCUUCUUCCACCACAACUGGUUCUUCUUCGUCCGAAGGAACUGGUAAUAAUGGAGCAAAUGCUGGUGUCGGUAUCAGAUCUAGCAUGUAUUCAACCAAGUCUUUGGGUGCUGAUGAUGAGAAGAAAAUCAAACGUGAUUUACUCAAGGAAGCAAUUUCCAUUCUACGAAAGUUAUCAGAUCGUGGUUUUGCCGACGCUCAGUAUCUGCUAGCUGAUGCUUUAGCGUCUGGAGCUCUUGGCAAGCCUGAUUUGCGUGAAUCGUUCAGUCUGUUCCAGCUGGCUGCUAAGCAUGGUCAUGGAGAAGCUGCUUAUAGAGCAGCUCUUUGCCUCGAACAAGGCUGGGGUACUUCAAAAGACAUUCGUAGAGCUGUGCAGUUUCUGCGUAUGGCAGCUUCUCGUAACCAGCCUGGUGCUAUGUUGCGACUAGGAAUGGCAUGUUUCUAUGGUAGAAUGGGUAUGAGCAACACUCCACAAGUCAAACAAGAAGGUAUUAAAUGGUUAAAACUAGCUGCUAAUGAAGCUAAUGAGAUUUUCCCACAAGCUCCUUAUGAACUAGCCAAGAUUGUGGAAGUAGGUUAUUCGGAUAUUGUCAUUCCUGACCAACACUGGGCUGUUCAACUCUAUGUCAAGUCGUCAGAACUCAACUAUAUUCCUGCUUCAAGAGUUCUUGGAAAGGCAUAUGAACUCGCUCUAUUGGGCUGUCCAAGAGACGCAGCUCUAUCUAUCCAUUACUAUACACUUGGAGCUAUCAAGGGAGACCCCGAGUCCAUGUACUCCAUGUGUGCAUGGUACAUGAUGGGAGCCGAGCCCAUUUUGCAGAAAAAUGAAGAAGAGGCUUAUGAAUGGGCCCUACGAGCUGCCAAUGCUGGGCAUCCUAAAGCUCAGUUUGCAAUUGGAUACUUCUUAGAACACGGAGUGGGUGUUGAAAGAGACAUUCUACAGUCGUCGUUCUGGUACCACAAGGCUGCCGAAGCCGGUAACGAGCAUGCCAUUAGCAGACUGGCCAAAGAAAAGUCCCAGCAGGCUAAAAACAAGAAGGCCUCGAAAGACAUGACCCCUGGCUCUUCCAAAGACAAAGAGUGUAUUAUUUCCUAA